ACAUAAAUACUAAUGCAGAAUAACUUGUUCCAGUUAACAUUGUUAAGACAUGUGGAUUAGAGAGAGAGAGGAAUGAAAAGGUUCAGCUGGGAGCUAAGCUUAUAACAUCAUGCUUGUUACCUGAAACCGACCAGAAGCAACCAAGGAACUGGACAUAGACGAUGGGAAAAAAAAGAGUUAAUGGUUGCUAGUCCACAUAAUAGUGGAGGCUGAGUGGGCAUGAAGGAGCGUAUAUAGUGUGAGUGAGAAGUCUCAAACCCCCUGCAAGGCUUUUUUCUAUUAAAGAGAAAAAAAAUAAAUAAAAAGGAAGAAGACAUGAAUCCUACAAAUCAAGAUCAAGCAUUUGGGACCAUUUUUGACUGGGACUAUCUCUUAUGGGAAGUUCGUUUGACAUUUUUAGCUGCUGGUUUUUUAAUCUACCUGGGAGUAUUUCUUCUGUCUCACUGUUUAUCCUCCCGGAUGAGUACCACUUAUCGUGCCUUGUAUGCAAAGGAGAAGGUGUUUUGGAAUAUGGCAGUCACACGUGGUGCGUUUGGACUUCAGAGCUGUGUUGCUGGGUUAUGGGCUUUGCUCAUAGAUCCCGUUUUUCAUGCUGACAAGGUGCAUUCACAGCAAAAGUGGAGCUGGUUUAAUUGUUUAAUAGCUGCUGGAUUUUUCUUGCUUGAAAAUGUAGCUGUUCAUAUGUCCAACAUCGUUUUUAGAACGUUUGAUGUGUUCCUCGUGGUUCAUCACUUACUUGCUUUUGGUGGCUUAGCUGGUCUAGUAAUCAAUGUAAAAUCUGGACAUUACCUGCCUUUGAUGGGAAUGUUGCUGGAGAUGAGUACUCCUUCCACCUGCAUUUCCUGGAUGCUUCUAAAGGCUGGCUGUGCAAAUACCUUUUUCUGGAAGGCAAAUCAGUGGGUGAUGAUCCACCUGUUUCACUGCCGCAUGAUUCUCACUUACCACAUGUGGUGGGUGUGUAUUUUCAACUGGAAUUCUGUGGUAGAAAACCUGGGACUUCUCCAUUUUAUUGUUUUAUUCUCUGGAUUAUUUGCUGUUACAUUAAUACUUAACCCAUACUGGACAUACAAAAAAACUCAGCAGCUCCUCAGCCCAACUGACUGGAACUUCGAAAAUAAAGCGACAGAAAAUGGAAAGUUAAAUGGUGAAACAUCCCAAAAGAAGAGGAUGUAACACCAGAACAUCUGUUUCCUAGUGUGAUAUUGGACUACAGCAGAAGAAUACGCUGCAAACUAAGUGGCCCAUGAAAUCAAAGCUUCUGCAAGAAGCUCGUUGAUGCGGACAUUCCUUGCUGUUUGUAUUCAGAAUGCAUCAGUGGUAUUUAAAAAUGUUGUCUGUAUUUCAUAUGUACAUAUUCAUAAAUCUUCAGCAUCUUAGCAAAGAAUUAUGCCAAUGGUUUUGUCUGUACUUAGAUAGUAUUUCAUGGUUUAGCAAUGACAUGCUCUAAUGAUAUCCUUCAUCCUAAUGCUUCAAAGUGGCUUUAUUGCUAACUUGUCCACUAAUCUUAGCUUGAAUUGAAUUUAGCUUUAUUCUCAUUUCACGUAUGUUGGAGAUACUGCUACUGAAAAUAACAUUGAGAAGAUUAAGAUCAAAUAGGUAUGGUGUGGAUACCUGUGUGCUAUUAAAUAUUUCCCGCUGGAUGAAUUGGUCAAGUGGCAGAAUGUAGUCAUGGCUCAGUUUGUGGGUCUUUCCUUAAGUGCACUUGAUGAAAAGGAAGAGACAGUUAAGUGUUUGCUAGCAAAAGAAAUUGUAGUACCCAGGUUGCCUUCAGUAUGAGACUUCAUAUCCACAGCAAACAUGCACAUGGUGAGGAGUGGGAACACCUGCUCAUUGUGCUGCUGGUCAUGCUAGGUAAUCAUAUUGGUCCUUUCUGGACUUGAAAUCUAUGAAAGACAAGAGUCAAUUAUAAGUUUGUUGGGUGAUUGGUAAGAUUAUCUUCUUUGUAGGUCACAAAUGAAUAAAUGUGCAAUUAGUUCCACUCGUGCUCCUGUUAUACUUCCUCUUAUUUUUGGAAAACCUCCUAGUUACAGAGCGUUUUAGAAUAUGAGGUGACUCAUAGAAUCAUAAAAUGGCCUGGGUUGAAAAGGACCUCAAAUAUCAUCUAGUUUCAACCCCCGUGCUAUGUGC